UUCCAGUAAUCGACAAUGGACAGAGUUCUUCAGAGGGUGACGGGGUCCAAGGAGCUUCUGCUGAAGCCCUCCCCCGAAGCUGCCAGUGUCUCAGCCGCCAUUAAGACGGGCACUGUCCGUUUCACAGUCAGGACGGCAGAAGAGGUCCGGAGGGAUGCGGUGGCCCACGUCGUGUCGGAGGGAGCCGACCCCGGGAACACCAUGCUGGUACUCGCCCAGAGUACCAUGCAGUUCGGUAAGUACCGGGGUCAAACCUUCCGGUGGCUCCUGGGCAACGACGUGGGCUACGCCGUGUCUCUGGUGGCCAGUCACCAGAGGGAGCGGGAGGGAGACAGCUCCACGUCACCCCUCAUGGCCAACAAGGACGCACUUACCAGCUACACCUGUGCUUUGCCUGACUUUGCCUCGGCUGUCAGGGACCGGAGAGCACAGGACGUAGCCCGGCUGCGCUCCUCCCAGCCUGGUCAGGAGGACCUGCGCCUUGUGGCCUUCGGGGUGCACAAGGACGUCACCUGGAGGGACCUGUACGAGGCUACGGACAAGGAGAGGAGAGGGUACGUCAAAUGGAUCCGGCAGCAGACACCCCGACCUGGAACGCAGAUGGAGGCGCUCCAGAAAUACUUUCUGCGGCGAGACCAGGAGGCCCAGGCCCAGGCCCAGUCCCAGGCCCAGACCCUGACCCUGUCCCUUCUCGCGCGACCUGGGACCUCAGCUCCAUCCCCGACUCCUGUGCUCUCGUCGCUGCCACCACCGAGCGCCCGCCAUCUGCGUUCGGAAGCGCUGGAGGUUGGGCCUCCUGCACCUUCAGCUCGAGGAAAGUAUAAUGCUUAAUUUGCUGUACACCAAGACCGGGCAGCUCACGAAGGAAGACGUGACGCUGCCGGUCUACCGCUGCGCGCACGGGUCCACUUCCUUGGAGUCUUU